AUGUGUGGGCCAACUUCAGACAUAAUCACUCAUCUUCCAGACAAUGUAAAAGAAACAAUCUUGAUGUCUUUGCCAUUACAAGAUGCGGUGAGGACUAGUAUUUUGUCAAGGAAAUGGGGGUAUAUGUGGGCCAGACUUCCCCAACUUUUAUUUGAUGAUAAGUUCUGCAGAGAAUUGAUCAGAAAUCAGAAGAAUAAACUUAUGAUGACUAUUUAUCAAGUUCUGUUACUUCAUCGUGAACCAAUACCCAAGUUCAUACUCAAUUUAUCUAGACUGGAAAGUUGCCCGGAGAUCAAUCAGCUGAUACUUUUCCUUUCAAACAAUGGAAUUACGGAAGCAGAAACUUCCAAAUUGGUCACGCUUUUUGGUAGUCUACCUGUCAUUGAGUUUCUGCUAUUGGAGUAUCAUACUAUUCGGUACAUGUCUGCAGGUGGUGUACCAAAGAGGCUUCCAACUACUUUGAACAACCUUAAAACUCUCAAGUUGUUGUCUAUUUGUUUUGCGGAAGUAAAUGAGAUCUCAGUUAUUCUUUGUUUAAUUAGAAGCUCUCCAAACUUGGAGAAAAUUACAAUUGUGGUACGAAGGUGUGAAAUUGCUGAUGUUAUUGAUCAUGUUCUACAACUUCUAGAAAUGCAAGACUGGUCAGAUGUCUCUUUAAAUCAACUUCAAGCAGUGGAGUUGGGCAAUCUAUCUGGCACAUAG